AUGGGCGAGGCUGAACAAGAGAUCGGCGAGGCAGAAAGUCCUCUAGAUGAGCUAGGUCAGGAAUACGAGAAAUUGGAGGCUUGUCCUAUGUGCAAAGCGCUGGAUUAUAAGAUUAGGCGAGAUGACCCUGGUAAUGUUGAGGAGGAGGCCAUCAAGAAGAAAAGUUUCUGCAAAGUUAUCCGGAUUUUCUCUGGAUUUUAUUUCACGAGAAUUAUUACUGAAAAAGAAAAAGGAAAUCUUUUCCUUGGGCCGAACCUUGGGCCCGACCCAAAUCAAUCCACAGGCCGCCCUGCUUGGCCUCCUCUUUCGGCCCACCUCUCCCCUCCUUUUCUUUUUCUCAGGCCGCCAGCCCAGCUUUCUUGCCGGCCCAAUAUCUCUUCCUCCCCAUCGGCCCACCUUCUAUCUUUCCUCAGCAGGUCUCGGCCCAUAACGCGCCGGCCUCCUUUCCCCCUACACCAGCCCAACCCAACUCCCUCUCUCUCCCCCCAACAGGUGGGCCCCACCUGUCAGGGCUUUCUUCAAGCUUUGGACAGGCGCCGCCGCCGCUGCGUUGACCUCUCAGCCCCCGCGCCCGUCCACCUCCCCGGCGCCCCUCUUCCUUCCUGCACUGCUUUGCCUCCCCCACGAACACCACUCGUGCCCCUUUCUCUUCCUCUUCCAGUAACGGCCGCCCACCACUGGUCGGUUGCCAUUCAUGGCGCCACCGCCCGUUACUCCCUCCCGGAGCCGCCUCCGCUCCUCCUCUCGCCUAUAAAGCGCGCCCGCUUCCUUCCCUGGCGCCCCUUCGCUCGUUUUUCCCCCAAAGCAUCGCCCCUGCGCCACGCCGUCCACCCGUCGCCAGUGCCGCCAUCGCCAGCGCCAGCGCCGCUCCAGUCGCCGCCCGCAACUACCUGUGCCACUCCACGCCCCCUCCAACGCCGCCUACUGCGCCGCCAGACAUCCCGCCGCGCUGGAGCACCGGCGAACCGCCGGCCAAGAGCCGCCCCGGGCACCGGCGUAUACAACCGGAGUCCUGCGCAGGCGUGUGAGGAAGAGUCGAAGGUAGAAGAUAAGAAGUGGAAGUUUUGCAGUCUAGCCCCUGAGAAUCCUAUCUAACCCCGGAUUUUCAGCUUUUCGCGGAUUUUGUUCUCUGAGUCU